UAAUAGCCCUCUUAGAGGGCUGACAACUGUGAUGCUGACCUAAUUUUUAUACAAAGGAAGGUAUUGAGCACAACACUGAAUGACUAAAUAGAAUGUUGUAAUUGUUCUGCCAUCCCAAUAAGAAGUUGUAAUUGUAUGAUUGAAAAAGAUGAAGAGGAAGAAGAUUUUUUUUAUUUUUAAAAUAACACUUUAUUACUUUUUUUUUAAAGUUAUAUAACGAAGAACUAAUCAACAAGAAGAGGAAGAAGAAGUCACAUGUCUUACUUCUGCUGUGGCCAAUCAGUGAUAUAUUAUAUACUGGUUGACAUUCCUGGAACACCCCAACCUAGGAUGUGGGUCCAGGUGGUAUCAUACCAAUACCAGCUUUGACCUUGUGUCUCCUUGUUUCCUUCCCUCAUCUCCAGCAGGUGACUUCCUGAAGGCGCGAAGGAGACAUAACAAGCGGGCGGACGACACGAAGGGAACGCAGCCGCAGUCGAGCCUCACUCCCUGUCACACGCGCUCACACGCACCAUUGUUUAUUAUUUUCCCCAUCCAUUCCCGUCUCCGUUAUUCACUUGCUGCCAGAAUAACAACCAAGGCAUCAGCAGUUUGCAGAAUUCUGUUGUUUUUAACGGGUAGAACGGAGACAGAGACAUGAGUGUGGAGGCGUACGGGCCGAGCUCACAGACUCUGACGUUCCUGGACACGGAGGAAGCGGAGCUGCUGGGAGCGGACACCCAGGGUUCCGAGUACGACUUCACCGACUUCACCCUGCCAAGCCAGACACAGACCCAAGGCCAGACCCACAGCCAACUCGACAGCCAGAUUAAUGGACCGGUGCUGCAGAAUGGAGAUGACCCUGUGUUAAAGGCCAGUCAGCUGCUGGCGGAGCUGAACUUUGAGGAGGAUGAGGAGGAUGCCUACUACACCAAGGACCUUCCUAUACACGCCUGCAGUUACUGUGGGAUUCAUGAUCCAGCCUGUGUGGUCUACUGCAAUACCAGCAAGAAGUGGUUUUGUAAUGGCCGAGGAAACACAUCCGGCAGCCACAUUGUAAACCACCUGGUGAGGGCAAAGUCCAAGGAGGUAACCCUUCACAAAGAUGGUCCCUUGGGGGAAACACUGCUGGAGUGCUACAACUGCGGCUGUCGCAAUGUCUUCCUGCUGGGUUUUAUCCCCGCCAAGGCUGAUUCUGUGGUGGUGUUACUGUGCAGACAGCCUUGUGCCAGCCAGAGCAGCCUGAAAGACAUCAACUGGGACAGUUCACAGUGGCAGCCGCUCAUUCAAGAUCGCUGCUUCCUGUCCUGGUUGGUUAAAAUUCCGUCAGAGCAGGAGCAGCUCAGGGCCCGACAGAUCACUGCUCAGCAGAUCAACAAGCUGGAGGAACUGUGGAAGGAAAACCCCACAGCCACCUUGGAGGACCUAGAAAAACCUGGUGUGGAUGAAGAACCUCAGCACGUCCUGCUCCGAUAUGAAGAUGCGUAUCAGUACCAGAACAUCUUUGGUCCUCUGGUGAAGCUGGAAGCGGACUAUGACAAGAAACUCAAAGAGUCCCAGACUCAGGACAACAUCACCGUCCGAUGGGAUUUGGGACUGAACAAAAAGAGGAUUGCUUAUUUCACCCUUCCCAAAACAGACUCAGAUAUGCGACUUAUGCAGGGAGAUGAAAUUUGCCUGAGGUACAAAGGAGACCUGGCUCCGCCAUGGAAAGGCAUCGGACACGUCAUCAAAGUUCCAGACAACUAUGGUGAUGAGAUUGCCAUAGAGUUGAGGAGCAGUGCCGGUGCACCAGUGGAGAUCCCUCACAACUUUCAGGUAGACUUUGUCUGGAAGUCCACCUCGUUUGACAGGAUGCAGAGUGCCCUGAAGACCUUUGCAGUGGAUGAGACUUCAGUGUCAGGUUACAUCUACCACAAACUGUUAGGACACGAGGUGGAAGACGUGGUCAUCAAAUGUCAGCUGCCCAAACGCUUCACAGCUCAGGGACUGCCUGAUCUGAACCACUCACAGGUGUAUGCUGUGAAGACGGUGCUGCAGCGCCCCCUGAGUCUGAUCCAAGGACCACCUGGCACAGGGAAGACGGUAACAUCUGCCACCAUCGUCUACCACUUGGCCAGACAGGGUAAUGGGCCAGUGCUGGUUUGUGCUCCCAGUAACAUAGCUGUAGACCAGCUGACUGAGAAGAUCCAUCAGACAGGACUGAAGGUGGUGAGACUUUGUGCUAAAAGCAGAGAAGCCAUUGACUCACCUGUGUCUUUUCUGGCCUUGCACAACCAGACACGAAACAUGGACAGUAUGCCUGAGCUUCAGAAGCUCCAGCAGCUGAAGGAUGAGACUGGAGAGUUAUCUUCAUCUGAUGAGAAAAGAUACAGAGCUCUAAGGCGCACCGCCGAGAGGGAGCUUCUUAUGAAUGCUGAUGUGAUCUGUUGCACCUGUGUCGGAGCUGGUGAUCCACGUUUGGCCAAGAUGCAGUUCCGUUCAAUUCUUAUUGAUGAAAGCACACAGGCCACAGAACCAGAGUGCAUGGUUCCUGUGGUUUUGGGGGCCAAGCAAUUGAUUUUGGUGGGUGAUCACUGCCAGUUGGGUCCUGUGGUGAUGUGUAAGAAAGCAGCUAAAGCAGGUCUGUCGCAGUCUCUCUUUGAGCGGCUGGUGGUCCUCGGGAUACGGCCCAUUCGUCUGCAGGUGCAGUACCGCAUGCAUCCAGCGCUCAGCGCUUUUCCCUCCAACAUCUUCUAUGAAGGCUCACUGCAGAAUGGUGUCACUGCUGCUGACCGUAUGAAGAAAGGCUUUGACUUUCAGUGGCCGCAGCCGGACAAACCAAUGUUCUUCUAUGUUACACAAGGCCAAGAGGAAAUUGCCAGCUCUGGAACAUCGUAUCUGAACAGGACAGAGGCAGCAAAUGUGGAGAAAAUAACCACAAGGCUGUUAAAGGCUGGAGCUAAACCUGAUCAGAUUGGUGUCAUUACCCCAUAUGAGGGUCAGAGGUCAUACCUGGUCCAGUACAUGCAGUUUAGUGGCUCUCUCCAUACCAAGCUCUAUCAGGAGGUGGAGAUAGCCAGUGUGGACGCCUUUCAAGGCAGAGAGAAAGACUUCAUCAUCCUCUCCUGUGUAAGAGCCAAUGAGCAUCAGGGCAUCGGCUUCUUGAACGAUCCCCGACGUCUAAAUGUGGCACUCACCAGGGCCAGGUAUGGUGUGAUUAUUGUGGGGAACCCAAAGGCUCUUUCUAAACAACCCUUGUGGAACUACCUCCUCAACUACUACAAGGAGCAGAAGGUCCUGGUCGAAGGCCCCCUCAACAACCUGAGGGAGUGCCUAAUGCAGUUCAGCAAACCUCGCAAAUUGGUCAACACCAUCAAUCCUGGAGGCCGGUUCAUGAGCACCACCAUGUAUGAUGCCAGGGAGGCCCUUAUUCCAGGAUCUGUUUAUGAUCGCAGCAGCAAUGGGCGAAUCUCCAACAUAUAUUUUCAAACCCAUGACCAGAUUGCCAUGAUUAAUUCAGGCCCUAAUUCCAUGAACAUGAACAUACCCAUUCCCUUCAACCUUGUGAUGCCUCCCAUGCCACCAUCUGGUUACAUGAGCCAUAUGAACGGUUCUUCAGGAGGUCGUGGUGGAGGUAUGAAGGGCAAGUUGGGUAGCACAGGAGGAGGAGGAGGUGGAGGUAUAGGUGGAGGUGGAACUAGAGGUAACCGACAAAGGAACCGCGGCCACCUAGGUAACCAUGAUGGGGGAAAUGGAGGUGUGGACCGCAGGCAUGGAGGACAUACGACCAGCAGCCAGGCCAGCCAAGACCUGGGCUCCCAGUCCUUCUCCCAGGGCCCUCUUACACAAGGCUACAUCAACAUGAGCCAACCAUCACAGAUGAGUCAGCCUGGACUCUCCCAGCCUGAACUCUCCCAGGACAGUUACCUGGGAGAUGAGUUCAAAUCCCAGAUUGAUGUGGCUUUGUCCCAGGACUCCACCUACCAGGGGGAGCGGGCGUACCAGCACGGUGGUGUGACUGGACUCUCCCAGUACUAAAUGAUUGCUGGAAAAAUGCUAGGCCUGUGUCAAGCAUAGUUCUUCAGUAACAAAUAAAAAACACGGAUAACCGUUUUCCACUGCUACAACCGAAACACCACUGUGUGAAAGUAACAGGAGAGAGACCGUGAGAAAAAAAAACAAUUACAAGAGUGACAGCAAGAGUGGAAGAAGAGCUGGACAGGACGAAAGUCAGAAAAGGCAGCAGAAGGCAGGUGGAGGAGAGAAGGAUCUGCUGCUCAAAAGUGGAGACGUUGGAGAUAGCUUGUCGUCUCCUGAGCAGCAAAGUUGGAGAGGCAAGACCUUGGACAGGUCGAAGAGAGUGGAUGGUUCAAACACUGCUGGAAGGGGAAUAAGGACGACUGUGUCAUCUAGUCCCUGAACCUGCUGAUACUUCCAAAUGUUACAGUUGGAAAUCUUGCUAUAUAAAGUAAUGACACAGGAAAAGAAGCAGUGUCUUUAGAGUUCUUCAAGCCAACUCAAGAGGAUGUUCCUAUUGACAUAGAAGGAAAAAAUACGAAAGAGACAGACUGGAACAAAGGGUCACAACUCUUGUAGCAGUUGAUAAUGCUUUAAAAAAAAAACAGACCUGAUUCGAAUCAAGGCUCAGAAUUGGAUAAGUUCCCAGCAAACAGCCAGAAAAAAAAGUUUCAAAACGGCAUUUGGUGCUUCUGGUGCUGGUGCUUCAGACAGUGGAGAUGAUGUUUGAAGAUUACAGAGCCACAGAUGAUUCAUUUGUCUAUCUCAGCUUUGAGAUGGAACACUUUCUACGAAGAAGCUGUUUUGUUGAGGUUUUCAGUAACCUUUAAGUAGACGGCCGACUCGGGGCCGUCGGGAUGGUCUGCAAAGAUGACGGAUAUAGUCCUUAAAUGAUGUGAUCUAAAAAUCUCCAGAUUUUAGGAUGACAACCUCAGAAAUCUGCUGAAGAGGAGGUGAUUCUUGUUAUGUGUUCUUCUGUAGAACGUAUACGAGUGCAAUGAGUGAAAUGCACUCACGCUCAACUUAUAUUCUACUAAUAUUUGUGUUAAGUUGUUCUUUUCUGCUGAUCUUGAAACCAAUACAGCUUAGAAAAACAGAGAUCUGCUUCAGCUUUUACGCUAAUGCUUAAAGUGUCAAACAUUCCAAAUCUAGAGAAGAGUUCCUACACAAGACUAUAGUCAUGCAUUGACAACACACUUACUACUUCCAGAAAAUAAAAAAUGUGCAAUAAUAGAAGACACUUUUAAGAGACCACAAGCUUAUUUUUUUCUGUCCACUAUAAAUCAUGAUGAAUACUACUUCCUACAAAAACCCCUUCCCCCAAAAAACCCUGAGGCCUAGACUGAGAACAUGAUUUUAACACUAUUAAAAAUGUUUAAAGUGUAUAUCAAACAUUUUAUUGAUUUUAGACGUUACACUUUAUGUCCUAAGUGCACUAUAAAGUUAAAUAUUUAAAUCAUAAGACAAUUCUUCUUUGUUUCUUCUAAUCCCUUCCUCUUUCACAUAAAAUCUAUAACAGACGGAAUUUACACCAGGAACCAAUUAAGUACUGUUAAUAGCAAAUAUAUAUAUAUUUAGUCAAGUGUAGACCAAUGUGUACUCUAUAAGGGCAAACUGGUGUAAUGUAUUUUUAAAAAAUAUUACUUAAAGUGAUACACAACAUGGUCUGAAGUUUAGAGACACUGCUGUGCUUGCCAUGAACAGGCACUUUCAAGUCUUGACAUGUCAUUAAAUGAUUUUAAAUUGUACUUGCAAAGUGGCCUUAUUCUAAGGGACCUUUUAAUGUUGCUUCAUAACUGCAGUAAUAAUUUGUGGCAAAAAGCUUAGUCUAACUGUAGAGAUUUGUCUUUAAACAUUAGUGAGUCGGAUUGGUAAAUUUGAUAUAAAAAUGUUAACUAAUGGUGAGAAGACGUUAAAGGUUUUGACUGAAUUUCCCAUAUGUAUUUUAAAAUCUCAACUUUAGUGGGGACUACAGAUAAAGUUUUAUGUAGCUUAUACUGUAUCUCAUCACAAUUGCUGAUUCAAUUAAAAACUGCAGUUUGUAUAGUCUUUCUUAAAAUAUUUUUUUCGUCACAUCCUGUUGAAACAGUUGUACAUCAUGAUUGUAGUUCACCCAGACUGAAAAGGAUUGUUGUCUACACUAUCACUUCAUAUGAAGUUAAAAUCCAAACAGAAACAUAUCUGUGACCAACUGCAGAAGUGCAGGGAAUGGCAGCUACGGUACACUUUGUACAGUUCAUCAAAUGCAGAUUUAUCCUCCUCCAGACUGCCUUCCUGCAUGAGCUGGAGAGGUACACUUUAUUUAUAUCUGCUUUUUGCUGACCCCGUAUUGAAAGCUGUAAAAGCACUUUUAAAGGUGCAUUUUAAUUUUUGCACAAUAACAGUUUCUUAUCCCUGCCUGGGUCUCUGCUAAUGUUUGCAUGUCUGUUGCCUUUUCAUUUUGAUGUUGCUCUCUAACAUUCAUCUUUGCUGGUGUACUGUAACUAAAAUAAUUUGUCCCUCACUGCUGCACCAACCGGUCACCGAAUGCAACUGCUGAUGUCUGUAUUUGCGCCAAUUUUCUCGUGUGUUAUCUCGGGAGAUUAAAGUUUUUCUGUUUUGUUUAAUUAACUCCACUGUUGACUUCCUGGUAUAUAUGGGGAGAUAAAAAAAGUUUUAGCUUCCCAUAUAUAAUUGGAAAUUUCACAAAUGCUACCUUUAGCCACGUUUGGGUUCAUUUUUAGCCAUUGUUACGGACGGCAUGUUGUGGCGCUGAUUGAUAAUGGAAUCAGGCGGAACAUCGGUCACAUUUUUCUCUUAAAAAAGAUCGGCGUUAAAGCUGUGGGGCUGUGGACCCGGUGACAUGCAGCCGCUGCCUGGCUGAUGAGAGUUUGGAGAGUCGCUGCUGCUGAUUCUGGAAAUACUCAGGAGAGAAAUACCUAGAAGUGAACUGGCUAAGGAGUGACCGGGAUAGAAGCAGUUCAAGUCAAAUUUUUUUCAGAAAAAAAAGACUUUACACCGACAUGGG